UCAUUUCCUCUUUCCACCAGCAGGCAAGGAGGCGUGGAACCAUAUGUCCCGGCAUGCCCUGCAUUGUUCCGUUCAGGCAUGCGCGCUGUCGUUCCCUCGCGGUUGUGCUAGCGCUUGCCCGGGCUCCGCACAUAUGUCGUGGGAGUCGCUGACGUUCUGUCUGUCGCGACUGUCGGCUGCCACCGAAGACCCGGCCGGUCUUAGCCGGGCACUGAGCUCCCUGAGGAGCCGUCACGUGUCCCGGGCCGGGGGGGCGGAGCUGUUCCGGCGGCGGGGGGGGUUGCCGCUUCUCCUCGCUCUCUUCACGGAACCCCCGCGAGCCGCGGUGCUGGGAGCUUCGCGCAGGAACCUGGAGCUCGCGCUCAGCCUGCUGGCCAAUAGCUGCACGGAACCGGGGAGCCGAAUGCAGGUCCGGCGUCUCGGAGGGAUCCCCGCGCUCGUUGGCAUCCUUCAGUCCGUGUGCGUGGACUCCAUAUGGAACCGAGUCUGCCGAGCCCUUGGAAAUCUGGCGCUGGACCCACAGAAUUGUCUAACAAUUCACCAAUCAGGUGCCGUCUCUUCGAUGAUACAUGUCUUACAGAGCUCCCAAGAUGCCGACUGUCUUCAGAGCUGCCUACGCGCUCUCCGUAUUCUUGGGAGCAGUCAUUCACACCGCCUGUCCAUCUGCCACCAGGGUGGGCUGACUCCCUGCGCCUCCCUGCUGUCGUCUGCGGAGCCCGGUUUGGUGUGCGCUGCCGUCCGUGCCGUCUGUGAGUUGAGCAGAGGAUGUUCUCUGGACUGUGCCGAGCAGCUGAGCCCCGCUGUGCCAAACCUGGUCCUGCUAGCAGGCGGGGAGGAGGUGAAAGCGGCUGUGCGCCAGGCGGCUCUCGGGACUCUGUGUAACCUGUGCAGUCAGGGUGCCCUGCGUCCCAUGCUAGGCAAUGCCGGCACGGUGCAGCUUCUGAUACAAGAAGCGAGGGUUCAGCGUUCAGCCCCCACGCGCUGUCUCCCUGUUCUCAAAGCCCUGUGUCUUUGCUGCCGGGAGGCCCUGAACCGCCGCCGCCUGCGUGAAUUGGGUGGCUUGGAGCUUAUGUUGGAUUUUUUGCGGGACCACCAAUAUCGCUCGGUACAUUCUCGAAUUAUUGCUGCACUCUUGCACUUCUGCCAUGACACGGCAGCCCUAACAUUGCUGGGUUCUGGGGGGCUGGCUGCUUUGCUGGCUCAGAGACUGGAGGAGUUGGCGCGGACGGCAGGUGCGGUGGGAGAUGUGCCUGAAACAAGGAUAAUUGCAGAAGAAGAGGAGGAUAAAGCUUCAACGUCCUUCGAUUUCCCUCCAGAGCCAAGAAAUAAGAAACUCUGUGAAGUUGCAUCUGAGGACAGGCUAAGGUCGUGGCUGUUAUCUGAGGGCUAUAUCUGCAGCUUGGAGGACCUCUCCCCCGAAUGGCCUUUGGACCCUGAGAGAAGAGGGCCCCUUGUGUCAGAAGAAUCAGACGUUUCUGGAACAGUUUCCUCGGCUCUCGCUCAUCAGUCUUCCAGCACAAACUCAGCGUCUUCCAGGCUGGGCAAAGAAAUUCAGUUAAAUAGCCUUUCUGGAGCGGAGCAGAGGCCAACCUUCUCCCCUACAUCUUCUAAGCCUGAUAUGCCUAUUACCUCAACACUGACUUGUCAGUCUCCCCUUCAAGAAAUUUUGGGUUCCCGAUGGCCCUUGGGACCCCGCUCCCCUCUCCCAGCUGAGGUUUUGGGUCCAGAGUUCCCUGGCCUGUUGCUCUUAUCUCGCCUCUCUCAGCUUUCGGACUCCAGCCCUUCACUGGUGUGUCCCCAGGUCUUGAAAGGGCUCUUGACUUAUGUUACCUGCCAUCCACGCCCUUCACCUCGGGCAGCUCGGCUCCUGCAGGACCUGACCUGUGACCCUUCGUGUCUGGAGGCUUUUAUCCGCACCGGCACUAUUUGCACCCUCAGAGCUAGGCUGCUACUUUGUGAGUCUCCUGAAAAUGAUAGCGAAGAGUAUAACCGACACGCAGAGACAACCAAAGAGCUUGGUCACGUUCUUCUCAGAAACCUGUGUAUCCAGGCAGAGUCGCCCUUCGGCGUGGGAGCCGUCACUCACAUGUUGGUGUCUGGUCCACAGGCUGAUAGGAGGCAGUGUGCCCUGUGCCUGCCAUUUAUUUACAGAAAGGACUCUCCCCACCGCCGGCUGCUGCUUGAUGGAGCCCUUCGUCUGAUUUUGGAGCCUCUAAUGUUCUGUAUGGAUCCAGUUUUUUUCUUCCAUGCUUCUGAAUGUCUCUCUGCCCUCGUAUCCCUUCAGAAUUUACCUGCACCUUGCUUGCCACCUGAGCUUGUUACCACACGGUGCUGCUACCAGGACCUUUUGUCUAAAAGGGGCUCAGAUGUGGUGUUUGUGCUGGAUGGUGGAGAGCGUAUAGAAGGAAACCGCAAGGAAGUGACUGGAGCGUGCGAGGUUUUCAGAGCCAUGCUAGGAGGCAGCUAUGUUGAAUCUCAGCAGCGGGAGGUCUAUGUGCAAGAGGUACCUCCGUGUGCCUUCAUUCCGCUACUCCAUUAUCUUCAUGGCUGUACAGAGAGAGCUCUGUGUCCUACUCUCCAGGAGCUGCCGGUACCCACGCCAGGCCAGGAUCUGGCUCACUCUCCAUUAGGAUUUACGCUGGCUGCAGCUGGGCGAUUUCUGCUGCCUGGUCUCCAGCAGGAGCUGGAGAAGUCUGUGCGAGAGAGUCUGCUGAGUCUGGACACUCUGCCAUCUGUGUAUUGUUUUGCCGAGACACAUGAAAGUGCAGCUCUUAGGAGAGACUGUUGCGUGUAUCUGCUGAGGGGACCUCACCCGCCUCGUAAGAGGGCAUCAUCGCUCUUCCAACUUUGCCAAAGAGCACAAGACAAACAUCACUUGGCUCUUCUCCUUGAAGAUGUUGUGCUACAGAGAAACUGAGUCAUUUACACACCCUUUGUGUAGCUGCACAGUGAUAUUACUUCAGUGGGUAUCUCCUUACUGCCCUCCCGCGGGACAUUUUCACCACUCUGUCCAUAGUACCGAACAGCAAAAUGAUGAUCCACCUGCUUCCAAAAUGACAACAGCCUGGUUCUGUGUCUCCUCUGAAUACCAACCACUCUCUCUCCCACUCCCUGCAUUCUGUCACAUCCUCUCCAAACCACGCCUCACCAUCACCUACACAAUGUCUGUCCUCUCCAUCCACUUCUCAACCAGCACCUACCCAGUGUCUGUACUCAAUACCAUCACCUACCCAUCGUCGGUCCUUUCCCAGCCACUCCUCAGCAACACCAUCACCUACUUGGUGUCCAUCCUCUCUGAGCAAACACCUACCCAGUAUCUCUCCUCUCCCAUCUGCUUCCCAAUAAACAUGUGCCCAUCCCCUCUUGCAUACUCAAUACCAACACCUACCCAGU